UCUAGUGUAUGCACCUGGGGGAAAGUGUUUCCCAAAUAAUUAGGCGUGAAAAAAGUUGUCAUUUGACGUUCAACAUUUUUACAUUUUUACUACUUUUUUCGACUAAAGGUGAUCUGUACAACUGUACAGGUAUAUGUGCACUUGUGGACAGAGGUUAAAAAUACUACACGUAGGAAAUCAAGAUAGACGAUGCAGUUUGAGAUGUUUUCCACGUUACUAGUAUUGGCCGUCAGCAAUGGUCAUUUAGCGCAUGCUUUAGAUUUCAAAAUUGUCGACUUAACCCACGAACAGAAUUCAAGCACGAUAUACUGGCCUGGAAACCCGAGUUAUAACUUCACUAUCCUAUUCCGGAACCGGACUUCCAAAGGAUAUUGGUAUGAGUCAAAUACGUUUCAAACAGCGGAGCACGGAGGGACGCAUCUGGACUCGCCAGCACAUUUUGCCGAGGGGAAAAAAAGGCAGCAUCAGAUACCAAUGGACAAGCUAGUAGGACCUGGAGUUAUUAUAAAUGUUAAGGCAAAGUCAGCCGAGAAUCCAGAUUACAGAGUUACCAUUGAUGAUCUGCGAGCUUGGGAAUCCAAAUACAACAGAAUUCCAAAAAGGGCAGUUAUAAUUAUGAACUCUGGAUGGCAUUUAAAGUAUCCAAACAAAACGCUUACGUUUGGAACAGAGACACCAGAUGAUGCCAGCACCUUCCAUUUUCCUGGCUGGCACGAGGACACGGUUAAUUGGCUGAUGAAAAAUAGAGAUGUUAAUGUUGUCGGUGUAGACACGCCUUCUACUGAUUACGGCCAAUCGAAGACAUUUUCUGUACACGUGGCUCUCGGUGAAGCAAAUAUUCCAGGAGCUGAGAAUGUCGCAAACUUGGACGAAAUCCCAGAAAGUGGGUCUAUUAUCUAUGUUGCAGCUAUUAAACUGUACGACGGCAGUGGAGGUCCAGCAAGAAUAUUUGCUACAAUGUCAGAAGAUGGUAUGACUGGCCGUUCAUCUAAAUUGCUACUGAGCAGUGUUCUAUUUAUAUUUUCGGCUAUAAUUGUGUUUUCAAUGGAAUAAACCGUUGCUAUAUUAAUAGGCAUUGAAUUGUGAAAAAUAUACGUGCAGAAAACAUUGUGCACAUGUCAGUGAGAAACAGACCUGCGCGCUCAUUCGCAUGAGAGAAUCCUCGAAAUACUGUUUUCUUAGAAACUAUAUCUAAAUGUUUACUAUUGAAUACUCAGAUCACAUAGUUAAAAAACGGUGUAUUCAGAUAUCGUCAUUGUAUAUAUCAUGUGAUCAUUGUUAUGCCCCCGAAGGGAGGCAUAUUAGUUUUCAACUGUACAUCCGUUCGUUCGUUCGUCACUUCACUUUUUGCAUGAAGGCACUUUACCUGCCAACCACUGCACCCAGGACCUUCAAACUUCACAUGCUGAUAGUACUUAUUGAGUACAUGACCCCUACUGACUUUGGGGUCACCAGGUCAAAGGUCAAGGUUAUAGGGGCCAAAGUUAACUCGUUCGUUAGUUCGUUCGUCACAAUGUUCGUUGUCACAUUAACAUUUUGCAUGAAGGCACUUUACUCGCGAACCACUGCACCCAGGACCUUCAAACUUCACCUGCUGAUAGAACUUAUUGAGUACACGACCCCUACUGACUUUAGGGUUACCAGGUUAAAGGUCAAGGUCACAGGGGCCAAUGUUAACUUUUUGCAUGAAGGCACUUUUCUCGCGAACCACAGCACCCAGGACCUUCAAACUUCACAUGCUGAUAGUAAUUACUGAGUACACGACCUCUACUGACUUUGGGGUCACCAGGUUAAAGGUCAAGGUCACAGGGGCCAAUGUUAACUUUUUGCAUGAAGGCACUUUACUCGCGAACCACUGCACCCAGGACCUUCAAACUUCACAUGCUGAUAGUACUUAUUGAGUACAUGACCCCUACUGACAUUGGGUCACCAGGUCAAAGGUCAAGGUCACAGGGGCCAAUGUUAACUUUUUGCAUGAAGGUACUUUACUCGCGAACCACUGUACCCAGGACCUUCAGACUUCACUUGCUGAUAGUACUUAUUGAGUACACGACCCAUAUUGACUUUGUGGUCACCAGGUCAAAGGUCAAGGCGCUGCGGGGGCAUUUGUCACCAUUAGUGACAGCUCUUGUUCUGCUAAAAUGUUAAUGUUAUAUGUUAGUGACAGUAUCGAUAUGUUAACAAAGCCUUCAUUUAACCAAUGUAUAAGUUCCUAAUUUAGUAAUUAAAUAUCAAUAUCAUGCAUAUAUGAUUAGUUUUCAUAUAACUAACAGUUACGGUUGGUUAUUUUGGUACAUGUUAAUCCGAUGGAUGAACCGGACGUAUAGUUUAUAUCCAACAGAUGUAGCACUAGACUAGCUCCUAGACUGUGAUAUAUCUUUUUUGCAUGUUUAUGAUUAAAUGUAGUGAACUGAGCCAGUCUAUAUUCUUUGUCCAAUUUCAACAUCAUUCCUCUGUGAAAAUCUCUAAAACAGACUGGCUUUAGUCUCUAUAUAAUUAAAUUCAUCAAAAAAUGGAAAAAUGUAGAAAUAUAUUAUUAUCAGUCUAGUGGCUAGUCUAAUGUAGCACAUAAAUAAAUGACAUGGUCAAUG